AUGCUGUCAGAGGCUCGCGCAGGGCUGCUAGGAUGUUCACAGGCAUCUCCAGAAGAUGCAGCAGGCUGGCUUUCAAGGUACACCUUCUGGUGGGUCUUUCCGAGCAUUCGUGCCGCCAAUAGAAAGGCCCGCCUGUCACAGGAAGAUUUGCCGAAACUGCCGCGCGUCGAUGAUCCAGAGUCGCUGUUUGCGAGGGUUGCGAGCUGGUGGCAAUCGAAGAGAGGCAAGAGCACGCAAAUCCUGCGGUCAGUGUGCUGGGGAAUCCAGUGGCGAGUCUUCCUGUACUCGGUGCUACAUGGUUGGACCUUCCUUUUCUUCAUGACGAUCGACCCGCUCAUGCUCCGGGUGCUGCUGAAUGCUGUGCAGGACAGCAGUGAGGGCACAACCACAGUCAGUCUCCCGGUGCAGCUCUGCCUUGUCGGCGCCUUGAGCCUUUCCAUGUUGAUCCGUGUCACCUGCAUGGAAAUCUGCUUCUUCGCAUCUGUGCGAGUCCAGAACAACGUGCGAUCGGUACUCGUGCAUGCCAUAUUCCGAAAGUCACUUUGCAUUCCGGACCAUGAGCUCGACAUCGGCCGCGUGUCCAAUUUGAUGGCCACGGAUGCGGACAAGAUCGGCAAGUGGUCUUCCCUGCUUUUUUCGCUGUCGCAGUGGUCUUGGACCUUCUUUUCCUUGCCCUUCCUCGUCUACUUCCUGUACCAGUUGGUGGGAUCAGCUGCUUUCCUUGGCACAGCCAUGGUGGUGGUUGGAGCGGGCACUUCGCGAGCUCUGGGCCGAUGCCUGCAAUCCUGGACCAAGGUUGUUCAAGAGUGUCGUGAUCACCGUGCAAGUUUGAUGAGCGAGAUGGUUCGGGGAAUCCGGACGGUGAAGCUGCAGGUUUGGGAGCCAGUUUGGCACGAGCGUCUUUCCGCAGCAAGAAGCGCUGAGAUGAAGGCAAUCGUUCGAGUUCGCAUCCUCCAGGCCUUCAGCACGCUCGUGGGCUCGGUCUUGAGCGUUAUGGUACCAGUCAGCAUCUUUGCCUGGUACACCAUCGUCCUCGGCCGUAAGCUUGAUGCUGCAACAGCAUUCACGACAUUGGCUUGGAUCUCCACAUUGCAGUGGUCCGUGCAAGCUCUGCCUGGCAUCUACCGGGCUGUGGCGAACUUGAAGCCCAGCUUCGACCGCAUCGACCGCUUCUUGACCACUCCCAUUUCCGUGGGGGAGAUACCAGAGCUGCCUGAGCUGCCUGAGAUGCCAGAGCCAGGAAGCGUGGGAGUAGACUCAGUAGACGUGGAGCUGGCCUCGCUCCCUUCGAUGCCGAGGCGGCCUUGGCACGAGGAGCCUUGGCUCAGCACGAGUGCUUACCAAGGACUUGCCUCUUCCAACACUGGAACUGCUGUAGACGUCCAGGGCGCGGCCUUUGGCUACAGACGUUGGCACGCAAACUGCUUGGAGGAAACUUGUGUUUUGGACCAGGUGAGCUUCCAGGUUCAACGGGGCAGCUUCGUGAUGAUUGCAGGGCCUGUCGGCAGCGGGAAAAGCACCUUGCUGGCCUCCUUAGCAUGCUCGCGGCCUCCCCUCCGUGGGAUUUGCCGAGUGAGCGGGCAGAGGGCCUUCGUUCCCCAGAAGCCAUUCCUGCUGAACGGCACUGUGAAAGAGAAUAUCCUUUUUGGGCUUCAGCUUGACGAGGAGAGGUAUGCCACAAGCCUCCAACUGGCCGCUCUGUUGGAGGACCUCAGCACCUUGUCGCAGGGUGACCAAACCCCCGUGGGCGAGAGCGGGGUGCAGCUGUCAGGUGGGCAAAAAGCACGAGUUGCCUUGGCACGCGCCGUGUACGCAAAUGCCGACGUACUUUGCCUUGAUGAUGUCCUCAGCGCCGUUGAUGCGCACACUGCUCGGUACAUAUGGGACACCUGCUUCAUUGAAGGGUUCCUGCGGAACAAGAAGACGGUGAUUCUAGUGAGCCACCAGAUUCAGUAUUUGUCCCGUCCGGAAGUGGAUUCUGUCAUCAUGCUCCAGAACGGCCGGCUCUGGUUGCAUGGGCCCUGGAGUGAGUUGGCCAAAAGCGGGGAUGCCUUCCUGAGCCUCGUGCAAGAAUGGGAUGAGGAAGAGACGGUCCUUUCUCGGCAGUCUUCAGCGUCUUCCAGCUCAUCAGAGGCACCUGAACGCAAUGUUGACGAGCUCAUCAGCCUCCCUGAGUGUCAGUCGGCCAUUGGCUCGGUGCUGGGAGCAUUGGAGGGCCGGCGCAUCGACGCCGCCUUGAUCCGGAGCGUCCAGGAUGCCCUGAGCGGAUCCGCGGACCAGGCCGACCUCGUCCGCGAAGGCACGAUCUCCUGGCCAGACUUCCGGCUGUACCUCCAAGCCUUCGGCUCCAACUUUGUCAUCGCAUUGAUGCUGCUCAUCAUGAUCUUUUCUGCGGUUAGCCAGAUCUGGAGCACCUUGUAUCUGGCAGCCUGGACCAGCGGCAAAGAAUCUGAAAGUGAGCAAGAACACAACGUCCUGAUUUACUGUCUGAUCAGCGUUUCGACGGCAUUGGCGAAUUGCUUCCAAGCAAUUCUUCUCACCGUUUGCGCUCUCUGUGCAUCUCGCAGCAUUCAUCGAGACAUGCUGCAGAAGGUGCUGAAUGCCCCGAUGUCCUUCUUCGACUCGUCUCCGACUGGCCGGAUCCUGAACCGAUUUCUACAAGAUAUUCAGAACAUCGACAACUUCCUGCCGGACUCGAUGUCAGACCUGAUCAUGAAAACGUUAACCAUUGUGACGCAGCUUUCACUGGUGUACAUCGAGGCUCCUUGGGUGCUGUGUAGCCUGCCCAUCCUCGCCGUGCCUUACUCCAUGAUCUACAAUCGCAUGCGCAUCCCGAACCGUGACUCGCGCCGCUUGGAAAGCGCUGCGCGAAGCCCGGUGUACACGCACUUCGGGGACACGCUUCACGGUCGUGAGACCGUGCGUGCCUUUGCCGCGGAGGCUCGCUUCGAGAAGGAGAAUCUGAAGCACAUCAGCGUGAUGGCACAGGGACUCUACGGAAACCAAGCAGUGGGAAAGUGGGCACAGGCCUUAACGACUCAGUGGGGCUGCACUCUCUACUGCGUCUCUGCCUUCGUUUGUGUUGAGCUUUCCCGGAGAGGGCUCAUGCAAGCUGGUCACAUGGGCCUUGUUCUUCUUUACUCAGCGCAGCUGCAAAGAGGCAUGAUGGACUAUAUGAUGGGCGCCGCUGACGUUGAGACCAAGUUCGUGUCUGUGGAACGGGUUGCCGAAUACCUGCGCCUUGAAGAGGAAUGUAUUGACACACAGGAGACCGAAAAUGUCGACUCUCCCACGGUGCAGUGGCCUAGCCAGGGGGAAGUGCGUUUCGAAGCUGUGGCCAUGCGCUACCGGCUUCACCGUGCCUUGGUCUUGAAGGGCAUUGAUCUCUUCAUCCCUGGCAAAGCCAAGCUCGCGUUCUGCGGGCGCACCGGCUGCGGCAAAAGCUCCCUCUUCAGUGUGCUUAACCGGCUGUACCCACUCGCCUCUGGCCGUGUUCUCGUCGAUGGGGUGGAUAUCAGCCAGCUUUCACUGCAGACGCUGCGCAUGAGCAUUCGCGUGGUGUCGCAAGACGCGUUUCUUUUGUCUGGCUCGCUGAGGCAGAAUCUGACCAUGGGUGCAAGUGAGCAUGAUGAUGACGUGCUGUGGCACUGUUUGUCAGUGGUGGGAUUGGAUGGGAAGGUGAGGGAAUUGCCUGGAAGCCUCGACUUUCGUGUGGAUGUUGCUGGUGGAAACUUCUCUGUGGGCGAGCGACAGUUGCUGACCCUGGCCCGCGUCCUCGUUCCCAGCGUGCCCUGCAACCUGGCAAACUGGAUGCCUCCGCGCAUCCUCCUUUGCGAUGAGGCCACAGCCAACAUCGAUGUCAUCACGGAUGAGAAGGUGCACCAGGUCGUGUUGGCAAUGGAUGCCACCGUCAUGAUGAUCUGCCACCGUCUCCAACACAUCACACGGUUUCAGCAGGUGGUGGUGCUGGAUGCCGGCCUGGUCAUCGAGCAGGGCUCACCAGAAGAUUUGCUGGACUCUGACAGGAGGCCGAUCUCACAUUUGACGCGCCUUUGCGCGGCUGCAGGGCUCUGA